AUGCAGUUCCCUCUUGCAUCUGUGUCCUUCUGGGACCUAGCCCUGUGUCUGUCUGUCGCGAUAGCUGUAUUCGGAUCUCUCAUUGGUCUCGUCAUAUUCCUUUCCCUUGAAAUCGCCCACAACAGCCCUGUACCCAAAUGGCGCCCAAGAGGCUCGCCUAUCCACCUUCUGCUCGUCCUUGGAAGUGGUGGCCAUACAGCUGAAAUGUUCUACAUGCUCGAGAAAACGUAUAUGAAGGAGUUCACAUAUCGGACGUACGUCGUGAGCUCCGGAGAUAACUUCAGCGCUGGCAAGGCCAAGGCGUUCGAGACGCAGAGAGCUUGUCCGGACGACAACUACAACAUUGUGACAGUGCCUCGGGCCCGAAGAGUUCAUCAAUCAUACCUGACAGCACCUUUCACCACGCUCCAAUGCUUCUGGGCUUGUCUUAAUGUCCUCUGUGGGCUUCAUCCAGACCAGCGACUCCCCAAACAAUACGUCACGCCUUACCCUGACUUGAUUCUGACAAACGGUCCAGCUACAGCUGUUUGUAUGGCCCUAGCGGCGAAGCUCAUCCGCCUUUUUCAGUAUGUAUCUGGCUUCAACUCCUUGUUGCGAAGCUCCGCAACACCGCGUGCGUCCCGGCUGCGCAUCAUUCAUUUUGAAUCUUGGGCUCGGGUCAAGAAAUUGAGUAUGUCUGGCGUCCUUCUCUUGCCACUGGCCGACACGUUCCUUGUUCAAUGGCCAGCUCUAGGAGGGCUGCGAGCCUGGUGGGGAAUGAAGAGAACCAAAUACGCAGGGUGGCUUGUGAUUUAG